CGGGGCCGCGGCCCGGUGCGCUUCCACAGCGUCCCGGCCUUCGUGCUGGCCACAGAUCUUCUGGUGGAUGUUCCCGGUCAUGGGAAGGUGGUAGUGGACAUUGCAUAUGGUGGCGCAUUUUAUGCAUUUGUUAGUGCUGAAAAGUUAGGACUCGAUGUUUGUUCUGCAAAGACGAGGGACCUUGUGGAUGCAGCAAGUACAGUGACAGAAGCAGUGAAAGCUCAGUGUAAAAUUACUCAUCCUGAUAGUGAAGACCUUGCCUUUCUAUAUGGAACUAUAUUAACAGAUGGAAAAGACACUUACAGUGAGGAUCCAACCACCAACAUCUGUGUGUUUGCAGAUGAGCAGGUUGACCGAAGUCCUACGGGCUCAGGAGUGACAGCCCGAAUUGCCUUACAGUAUCACAAAGGGCUUCUGGAACUGAACCAGACCAGAGCCUUUAAAAGCAGUGCCACUGGCUCAGUCUUCACAGGGAAGGCUGUGAGGGAAGCAAAGUGUGGGGAUUUUAAUGCAGUUAUAGUGGAAGUAUCCGGACAAGCCCAUUACACGGGAACAGCAAGCUUUACAAUAGAAGACGACGACCCACUGAGGGAUGGGUUUCUUCUCAAGUGACUUCUAUGACUUUUAAAGGCUUUCUUUUUAAAGCAAUCGUUAUCUAACAGUAAUUUUCAUCUGAAUUAUGUGGAAACCUAUAUCCAAAUUGUACAUGUAA